AGUCAGUGACUGCUCGGGCACGGAAGGAGAGGGGCGCAUCACUCUCUCGCUCCCAACACCACCCCAGAGAGUACACAGGCCCCCUGAUCUCCUGUGUAUAAGUGUGUGUGCCCAGUCUCCACCGCCCGGUGCCUCGCCAGGAGGACACGCUCUCCUAGAUACAGCUCAAUAAACGGAAAAGGAAACAUAGGAGACACAUAUUUAUAUAUAUCUGUUGCUGUGGUAGUGAAGAAGAGACAUCAUGGUGUGCUUUAGCCAUCCUGACAACGGUACCGACUGCCAUCCUGCCUAUCCAUGCGAGCGUGUGGUGGAGGUAUAUGGAGGGGUGGCAGCUUCCCACACCACACCCACUACAGUAAGUGGGCGGGGCGGUCAUGUUGAGCCUGCCCACCCACAGCCCGUAGACCCCGCCCUAUUGACCUCCCUGGACUUGGAGAGCCAUCAGCACGCCCGCGACAUGCUGGUCACUGACGCCCAACAGCAACAGGCUUACCCUCAUCGCCCGCAUGAUCUCAAUCACAACGAUCAUGUGUUCGCGCACAAGCCGCCAGAAGAUGUAAAUACCGUGAGCGGGCGAGCAGCGAAGUAUGUGGUCGAUGACUCUAAUGGCUUGGGCGGUCAUGAUAACUAUGCAUUCGACAGUGACCUUACCGGCCAAGAUAAUUAUGGUUAUGACCCAGGCUACAGUUCUGAGAGGUCGCCAGAAGAGGAGGAGGGACCACCUUUAUACUGUCACAGUACUCUGGAAAACAGUGAUGCAGAAAGUCAUGUGAUACAAGAUCACCGUUCCCUCAAGCUGCCAUCUGGGCAAAUCCUGACCACACACGAGCUGAUGAAGCUCUUCCCAUUCAUAAAUGAAGGCACACUUUUUGAAGUUACUGUGAUAAAGAAUCUUAGAGGGUUGGGGCUGGCAGUAACUGGGGGUAUAGAGUGUGAUGUUCCCUUUGCUGGUCUCAUCCGCAUCAAGAAACUAUACCCUCAGACACCAGCAUGGCUUUGUGGGCAGCUCGAGGUGGGGGACAUCCUCCUUCAUGCAAAUACCCAACCACUCACUGGAUUGUCAAGUCAUGAAGCGUUGGAGAUGCUUCGUAUUGCGGAGCGCGAAGUGACGCUAGAGGUGUGUCGGCCUCCACGUGGGGCAUUGGGGGAAGGAGAAGACGUCUGCGAUGCAGGCUCUGGCUUGGGGGUUGUUUCCACCAGCCUCGUCGUUCCGAAUGCUAGUCAAAACUACCUCUCGCCGUCGCCAUCAUUCUCAUCUUUUGGGGAGUUUGAGGUGGAACUAACAAAAGUAGCUGGAUCACUGGGCUUCACUCUGCGCAAACAAGAUAACAGCAUCCUGGGACACACAAUACGCUCUCUUGUAAAAGAGCCUGCCAUUUCUGAUGGGAGACUACGGCCAGGGGAUAAAAUAAUUUCAGUUAACAGCACCAACAUGUGUAGCUUGAGUCAUGAAGAAGCAAUAGCGUUCUUGCGUACAUGCCCAGAAACUGUUACUCUUAGGUUGUAUAGAGAUGCUAUGCAGACUCCCGUGUCUCCAGCUUCACCUACAGAACCAGACGUUGUUUUAAAGCCAAAAGCUCUUCGUAAAGAAGCAAGAGAUAUGCUGACAGACCUGGCAAUGAGAAAACAAUCUCCUGGUAGUUCUUUAAAUUUAACUGGUGCGUCAAGUUCUCCUGGAACUCCUAGAAGACGUCGCCUACAGAAGACGCCCAGCCCAGAUAUCAAGAGUGUUGUUAUUGAUAGAUGGGAUUCAUUAGUAAGGAAGACAGAAGAAUCUCUGCCAGAAAGUCCAACAUUGGAAAGUAAACUUUCCCUCAACAGCAUUAGAGAAACAGAUCAUGAAACAUCUCCAUUUGGUGAUAGUCAAACGGAUGACUCCACCUCCACCACUAUUCGCUCAAGAAACUCCUCUGCCGCAUCCUCUUGUUCAUUCACACCUUCCAACUCGGAGUCGUCCAGACCCAAGAGACCAAGUUUUCUAGAUUUAAGUAAUGGACGCAGUUGUUCCCGCAAAACACAAUUCACACCACCUCAUGAAGUGGAUCAGUCAUUUCCAUCUCCCCUAGGUGCUCAGUACCCCUCGGCUGACUCCCUAGACUCAGCGCCCCAGUUGACUUCUGCUCACAGUGAUACCCCAGCAUUCUCGCUCCUCCAUCAGGGAUACCACAGUGUCAACCUAGGGGCUCUCCAUCAACAUGAAGACCUGACACUUACCAAUACGACAUCAGACCAUAAUAUAAGUGGCCACGACAGUGAAGAGCCUCCUCCCAAUAAUGGCUUAUUAAAGUGGAAAGGCAUUGUCUUUACACCUGAUGAAGAUGACAGCACAUCAACAGAAGAGUCUGUGAAGGAAGAUGUUAGUACAAGGGAAUCGCCAAAGUCACAAAAACCAAAGAUAGUGACACUCGAGCUCAACAGAGGAUGGAACAGCCGCCUGGGCUUUUCCUUACAACCUCAGGGGGACGACACGAUUAUCACAGCAAUCUAUGCCGAUAGUGUUGCUGCCAAAGAUGGUCGACUAAGAAUAGGAGAUGUAGUAGUGAAGGUUAACAAUGUUGAUGUUGUUGGUUGGGACUCUGAAUCGGUCAUUGAUUUGCUUCGCAAAACAAGAGGGAAAAUCUCGCUUGGUGUUCUUCAGCAACCUUCAUAAAUAAUACUUAACACAGCUCAAAGAUAUUUAUCCACAGUCUCCUCAUGGGCAGCUCUGGCACAGGUGUCAUCCAGUGUGGCGGGACUCGUUGCUUCCAGUUGUCAAGCGACACUCUCAGACCAGUCGAUGGGACAUCUGGACCUCCUCAUAUCAUAGGGCCGUAAUAUCGGUAACAUUUAGGCAGAGAUAUACAGCAGCUUUGCAUGACACCUAUAUAGAGGGUGAACAGUAUCAUUUCAGUCUCUUGGGAUCUACUUUUAAGCAGCUGAGGCUUUUAUUAACCAAUUCACAAACUGGCAAGCAGAUGAAGUGGUGAUUUGAGAGUGUUGUAGCUGAUGGAUCGUUAAAUGAAUUGAGUUUCUCUCUCAUUUGUAUGUUACCUCUUGCAUGAACUUCAUUUUGCUCAGAAUUAGAUGGCAUGGUCAUCUGCAAGAUGCUCUGCAUUAGCACUGCACGAACUAUCACACUUUGACAGUACUGGCAACUGGACUAAAUAUAUUGAGGUAGCGUCAGUGAGAUGGUCUUGCAGACAGAUCAUGUCGCAAAUGUGUACUGUACAAAUGUUGGAAUUAUAUAUGAUGGUAAGAAACUUUUUUUUUCUUUUUUUUUUCAUUAUCUAGGUCAUAUUUAUGUAGUGGAUUUUGACAAGCUUCAUCCCAUACACUGUACUUACUAGCCAUAACUACUGCACACUUCCUUAGUGUAGUUUUGACACAUCACUGUUAAAAUGUAAACAUCCCACUGUAAAACAGCUACAUUGUUUCAUUGUUUUAACAUUGUUGAUAAUAUAAUAAUUUACCAAUUGUACAUCCAUGUUUCUCAAAGACUGUGACAAUAUAUGAACAUGACAAUUUGCAACAACUGUGCACAUAAACUCUGUGCAAUAGGAAAAAAAAAAGCUAGUGCCAAAGAUACUGACUGGAUACACAGUCGGUACCUCAGAGUUAAACCUAUAUUAUUAGUAGCCAUUUUUUUUUUAUUGUAUGUGCCAUUGAAUGAUCUUUAAAAAUCUUAACAUUCCAACAGAAAACUUGUAUCAGAUUCGUGUACCUCUCAAAAGAGGCUCCAAAUGUCUUUCACCUCAAAUCCUCUGUCAGAAUUGACUAGGUAACCUAAAUGGAGACUUUAUUUGCCUGGCUAUCGGUGAAAAUUAGCCUCACAGUCUUAAGUCUAGGUGCUGUCAGGAUUUUUAGUAUUUUAAAACUCAAAAAACAUUUAGGAUUUUGAAAGUUUCAAGAAUUAAGAACCCUGGUUGCUGUAGCCUAGUCUUUUCACUUAGACCCACUAGGGGAAGGCCAAGAGUAUGUUACGAGAUAUAAAAUUGUAUUUUAGAAUCUUGUCACCAAAUCUGUAUAUAUCAAUAAAUAAAUAAAUAUAUAUUUCCUGUA